AUGUUGCCAUACCCUACAGCGGAAGAUAGCAAUCUACUGGGCAUUGGAAUCGGCGCCCUUGCUGCUGCAGCCAUCAGCUCGUCCGAAGAUGUGACCGGUCUCAUUCCGGCAGCAGUCCACGCCGUCGUUGUCGCUCUGCACAUGGGGCUGAGAGCUGAUCAAGAGGCUAAAUCGAUACAAGGACGGAUAACUUCUCAAUCAUGGGCCAUGACUGUCGUGGGCGUUUCCAUGGAGAAAGCCACACAAAUUCUCGAACGGUUCAACUUCGAAAAUAACCUCCCUCUUUCAUACCAUGCAUACGUCAGCAGUAUUUCGGAAACUGCUCUUACAAUCAGCGGCCCGCCUGAAGUGUUGAUAAGGGUGCGCGCGCAUGAUGACUUUGCGGGUCUCGAGAAGGCUGUGGUUCCAAUUUGCAGCCCACGGAAUGCCAGCCAUCUUUUCGACGGGGAGGACGUAAGCAUCAUUCUGGAGAAGGCUGCAACGAUGACCCCUACCAGGUCGACCGCUUCCAUCCCCGUCUUGUCCUGUGGCACGGGUAAAUUUCUAUGGGCCAAUGGCUAUCGGAGUGUGAUACACAACGCCGUCUAUGACGUCUUGUGCCGGCCUAUGCUGGUAGACAAAUGCACAGAACAUCUUGAGUCAACUUUCCAAGCCAACCUUCCUGUCGAGGUUUUGGUAGUCCCUGUGGGUACUGAAGCAUCUAGGGCUCUGCAGAGUAGGCUCAGCACUGCCCUUCAAGGUUCUGUUCAGAUAAGUGUUCAGCCGCAGUCACCUUCCAACCCCAGCAGUACCUCGUUUAGUCCGAAGGGAAAGUGUAAGAUUGCCGUCGUCGGAAUGGCAGGCCGCUUCCCAGGAGCCUCGAGUGCCAAUGAACUCUGGUCCUUGCUCCAACGAAAAGUGGACAUGUGCAGGGAAGUGCCUGCUCUCCGUUGGGAUGUCAACACUCACGUUGAUGCAGAAGGAAAAAAGAAGAACACAAGCAAAGUUCGAUGGGGCUGCUGGCUGGACGAGCCAGACAAAUUCGAUGCCACGUUUUUUGGAAUCUCCCCUCGUGAAGCUCCACAAGUCGAUCCAGCGCAACGCCUUGCUCUUCUCACAGCGUACGAAGCCAUGGAGCAUGCCGGCAUCGUUCCUGGCCGUACUCCUUCGACCAGAGAAGAUCGAGUGGGCGUCUUCUAUGGCGUGACAAGCAACGAUUGGUGCGAGUCGAAUAGCGGACAAGACAUCGACCUCUACUACAUCCCAGGAGCUAAUAGGGCAUUCAUCCCCGGUCGAAUCAACUACUUUUUCAAGUUUUCAGGACCCAGCUACGCCGUUGAUACGGCGUGUUCCUCUAGCCUAUCAGCAAUUCAUAUUGCGUGCAACUCGCUUUGGCAAGGCGAUAUUGACAUGGCUGUUGCCGGUGGAACUAAUGUUUUGACGAACCCUGAUAUGACGACUGGUCUUGACAAAGGCCACUUCCUCUCUGAAACGGGCAACUGCAAGACAUUCGACGCAUCUGCCGACGGCUACUGUCGAGGAGAAGGCGUAGCCACUGUCCUGCUCAAGCGGCUAGAUGAUGCGAUUGAAGACGGGGAUACGAUCCACGGUGUACUGGACAGCGCCUACACAAACCAUUCAGCAGAGGCGGAAUCCAUCACACGUCCUCAUGUUGGGGCGCAGAAGGAUGUGCUCGAGCGGGUUCUCAACAACUCAGGCACGCAUCCAAAUGAAGUGUCAUAUAUAGAGAUGCAUGGGACAGGAACCCAGGCAGGUGACACGCGGGAAAUCACAUCAGUAUGUGAGGUGUUUGCACCCAUAAAUGAGACUCGCCGUCGACCUAGAUCAAAGCCUCUCCAUAUCGGAGGCUUGAAGGCCAACAUUGGACACGGGGAAUCGGCUUCGGGAGUCAGCGCUUUAAUCAAAGUUUUGCAGAUGAUGAAGCACAACCAGAUUCCACCCCACUGUGGCAUCAAGACGAGAUUAAACCCUGCAUUUCCCAGGGAUCUUGCUGAGAGGAAUGUUCACAUUGAUCUCGAGACAGCUGCUUGGCCGAGAGAAGAUGGUGUUCCUAGGAAGGUCAUCAUCAACAACUUCAGCGCAGCAGGGGGGAACAGUUCUAUCCUGGUGGAAGACGCACCCCUGCAGCCUCAGGCACUAGACAAAGGGGCGGACAGUCUCAGACCUAUUUAUCCAGUCGCCAUCUCUGCCAGGACUAGCUCGUCGCUAAAAGGCAACGUCAAAGCAAUGUUGGACCAUCUCGCCAACCACACGGGCACUGUUUCGCUACCUGAGAUAUCGUAUACGACGACCGCUCGCCGCAUGCAUCACCACUUUCGCUUCAUUACUUCUGUUUCCGAUCUGCAAGCUCUCAGAGAGAAAUUGGAAGCGGUUUUAGAAGCCGGAGAUCAGGACAAUAGUACAAACAAGCGCGUCGUGCCUCCUAAGGCAGUUCUAUUCUCCUUCACAGGGCAGGGAAGUCAAUAUCCAGGCAUGGGAAAGCAGCUCAUGGAAAGAUUAGGCGUUUUUCGUGACGAUAUCACAAAGUUCGAUCAUCUUGCCCGCAAACUUGGGUUCCCGUCCAUACUUCCCCUGUUUCAGGCCAGCAAUGGUGAUGCCAUCGCCGACUACGACCCGGUCGUUGUACAGCUUGCGAAUACGUGCAUGCAGAUCGCGCUAGCAAGGAUCUGGAUCUCAUGGGGCGUCAAGCCAAGCGCUGUUGUUGGUCAUAGCCUGGGCGAGUAUGCAGCAUUGAAUGUCGCUGGAGUGCUUUCUGACUCGGAUACGGUCUAUCUGGUUGGUCGCCGGGCACAGCACCUCCAGAACUUUUGCGAGCCAUAUUCCCACGCGAUGCUUGCGGUGGUUGCAUCGGUCUCCGAGUUGGAGAACGUCAGCGGCACCAUCAGUCGCUUCGAGAUUGCUUGCGUCAAUGGGCCCAAGGAGACCGUUCUCGCCGGCACUGCGGCUCAAGUGUCAGAUUGGAAGAAGACACUGACAGCGGCCGGCAUUCACAGCACACAUCUACGCGUGCCGUACGCAUUUCAUUCGUCACAAAUUCAGCCGAUCUUGUCGGCAUACGUCAAUAAUGCCAAAGGUGUUGCCUUUCACGAGCCUCAAGUUCCUGUUCUCUCACCACUGGAAGGAAGGGUGGUUACAGAAAGCCAUGUCUUUGGGCCCGCUUACGUUAGACGACAUGCUCGAGAGCCCGUUCAGAUGAUGAAGUGUUUGGAAGCUGCUUUCUCCGAUGGAACCCUUCCAGCCAAAGGAGCAUUCGCCAUCGAAUUUGGACCCCAUCCCGUUGUGUCAGGAAUGAUCAAAGCAACGCUUGGGUCGGCGGUGACUGUUCUUCCAACAUUGCGCCGGAAGGCAAACCCAUGGGAGGUUCUGACCACCUCGUUGUGCUCAUUGUACGCCGCCGGGUCACCUGUUGUGUGGGAUGGCUACUUCGCCGAUCUGCCAUCUGCACGGAGGGUUGUUGAACUGCCAGCUUAUACCUGGGACAUGAAACCGUAUUGGAUACCAUACAGAAACAACUGGACCCUGACAAAAGGCGACAUCCCCUUCGAGGGCUCUAGCCUCGCCCCUCCAAGCGCAAAGCCAUCUAUUGUGGCAGCUCCCUCGGGAUGGGAGCCGCUCCCCAUGAUCGAGAGCACCAGUAUUCACAGCGUCUUGGAAGAGACUGUGAUGAGCGACGGACUAAAGAUUUCAGUCGACUGUGACGUCAGCCGCGAAGACAUCAAUCCGUUCAUACGAAGCCAUAUUGUCGAGGGUUACAGCCUUUGCACCCCGGCUGUUUAUGCCGACAUCGGCUUCUCCCUUGGGACGUAUGCCCUCGAUCGCUACCAGCCGAACCAUGCUGAAAGAGUUGUGUCCAUUCGGAACAUCGAGAUCACGCGGGCCCUGAUCGGCUCGGCCGAAUGGAAGCAGACACUGCAAUGCACAGCCCAGUUCGAUUGGGCAUCCAAGGGAGGCAAGCUUCGAUUCACUGUGCACGACGAGGCGGGCACUGAAGUUGGCCAGGUCUCCACAUGUGAAGUCAAGUUUGUUGAUGGCUCCACGCGCAAACAGCUGCAAGCAGAAUUGGCCACCUUUAAGGGAAAUUUCGAACGAAUGAGGCAGUCAGAGACGAGUAGUCGAUUCAAUGGCCCAAUGUCGUACCGGUUGGUUUCUGCGCUGGCCGAGUUCAAUCCUGACUACCACUGCAUCGACGACGUGCUUUACGACAGCGAUGCAUAUGAGGCUGCGUGCCGCGUCAGUUUCGGGCAAAUGAAGAAAGGGGGCAGAUUCCAUGUAAAUCCUGCCGCAGUGGAUGGCUUGACGCAGUCGGCAGGAUUUGUCAUGAAUGCCAACAACAACACCAACCUGCAGGCAGACGUCUUCGUCAAUCACGGCUGGGCCGACUUUCAGCUAUUCGAACGGAUCCGCGACGAUUGCCAAUAUUCCACGCACGUCAAAAUGAGGCAGAGCGAUGAGCAGUUGUGGACCGGAGACAUUGCAAUUUUCGAGGGCGAAAGAGCUGUGGGUUUCGUUCAAGGAGUCAAGAUCCAAGGUCUUCCUCGAAAAUUUCUCAAAUUUUUGCUCUCACAAGCAGUCAAGCCACCCAGGGUUAAAGGCAGGACCGUCGGAGCUCCUGCUGGAGGUAAGCCGGUUGUGCAAUCUGUUACCGCGGUAAAAUCGACUCCGGUCGCGCCGACCAAGGCCUCAGCUGCAUCUCCAGUAGCUUUGCCGAGACCCAUCCCAGAUUCUUAUGGGCCUCCGGCCACAACGUUUCCGCCUUCUGGCGACAUUUUGGCCGUGAAGAGGGCCCUAGAAAUCAUCGCCGAGGAGAGCGAAAUCCCACUUACCGACUUAAAGGAUGAUACACAUCUCAGCGACGUCGGCAUCGACUCACUCAUAUCCCUCAUGGUGGCCAGCAGGUUUGCAGAGGAGCUUGGAAUCACCAUCGACGCUAGCACGUUCAUGGAAAAGCCCACAGUCGCUGACAUCAAGCAAUUCGUUAUUGAAACUGCGACCGGUUGCGCUCCUGGGAGGUUUGCGGAAGUAACACCUGAUAUAGAAGAGACGCCUACUGUGGAUCUGCCUACUCCAGAGGUCCUUACGGAAGUAGCAAGAUUCAUGGCUUCGGUACCGUCCAUGGACUCACUUCAAUCUUGGGCACCCAUAGGCCAGUCAACAACAGACACGCCUGGCGUCAUCAACUUUGAUGAUGUCUUGAAGAUCAUGGCUGAGGAAAUUGAAGUCUCCUUGGACACAAUUACUGACCAGACGUCGCUGCACGACCUAGGGGUAGACUCGCUGCUAUCUCUGCUAAUUGGCAGUCGUCUACGCGAUGAGCUAGACAUCGAGAUCGACCCGUCUUCUCUACUGGACAGCCUCAGUAGUGUCGGGGAAUUGCGGCAGGCUUUGACAUCCAGCAGUGGUGAAGGCUGCACACCGUCUUCGACUUCUACAGAUACUGGAAAUCCUUCCUCAUCGAACACGGCCAAGCUGGACAGUGUUGUAUCGACUCCGACAUCUGGGAGUGAUUUCGAAAGUGUGCCGGCUCCAAUUCCACGUACCGCCUCAGUUAUUCUUCAAGGGACCCCUCGAUCAGCCACCAGCAGCUUGUGGUUCUUCCCCGACGGCAGUGGACUUGCUUCUUCGUAUAUUCCACUUCCCCGAAUCAGGAGUGACCUCGUCGUGUACGGAAUCAACUCUCCGUACCUCAAAAAGGGCGUGGAAAUGACAUGCACUUGGGACGAGUUGAUUGGAAGUUAUAUCCAGGAGAUCCAACGUCGCCAGCCGCAGGGCCCUUACAGCUUUGCCGGAUGGUCUGCAGGCGGAAUUGGUGCUUACCAUGCAGCUCAGGUACUCAUGAACGCAGGUCAUAGCGUUCGAGAUCUCAUUAUCAUCGAUUCACCUCCGCCCUUUCACCUAGCGCCUCUACCAGAACGCUUCUUCCGCUACUGCUCUACGGCCGGACUGUUUGGAGGUCGUGAUGGACAGGCUCCUGAGUGGGUCAUUAAUCAUUUCCGCAACAUCAACAAAGUGUUGAGCCACUACAUCCCGACGCCAUUGAAGCGUAGCACGCUGCGAAAGAUCAAUAUUUUAUGGGCGUGUGAGAGUUCCGUCGACGAUCGAUUCGAAAGGCAGCCAGACGAUCCAGAAGACAUGAAAUUCUUGACUACGAAGCGUACGGAUUUCACUCCUGGUCGUUGGGGCCCGCUGUUCGGAGACGUGCCAGUACAGGUGGAUCGAGUGGAGAAUGAGCAUCAUUGGAGUAUCUUGAAGGGAGAUUCGGCUGUCAAAGUUUCACAGUACAUUGCUCGAGCGCUAGCCUGA